AUGUUGCCUUUGUUGAGCUCUCAUCCAAGUCCAUUUUAUGCCUCCGGUGCUUCCCCUCAUCAUCAAUACCUCAGCUUUGCAAUGUUCUCCAGAUUCAACAUCUCUUACUGCGAAGUUUUAAGCACUCCUUGCCCUGCUGUGGGAAGAAGAACAGACUUCAAAGAGGUCUCUAAAUACCUCUCUUGCUAUAUUCAAGCUAUUGCAGAUACCGUUGUGACUGCCGACGGCUCUUUAAAUUUAGAAAUAUUGGGGUUCUGGGCAGUGUUGGAUGCUCGCACCCAGGGGAUUCAAGUAGAUGAUGGGGCAUCCUGGCUGCUUGGUAACGGGUUUCCCCUUCCCAUUGAAAGCGGGCUGCUCAUGAGAAAGAAGCACCGAAAGCACGGGAGCAAACGACUGGCGACAGCGGCGAAACGCAAGAUCUGUGACCAAGGCUUCAGGGGCAUCCUGAUCCUUUCAUUCCAUUUCCCAGGAACUAAUAUUGUAACUUCGCAGCUCUCGCAUAUGGGCCUCGCUCCUUCCAGCGACUUCCUCGAUGCUACAGUGACGGAAUCCUAG